AAAUAAUAAUAAAAAAAAGCUUAUAAUCAUUUCAUUUUCAUCGCCAAUCAAUCUUGUUUUGUUUUUCGGCCGGCCAAUCUUACUUGUAUCUCACUAUAAGACACUGAAAUAUCAGACUUUUUUCUAAUAGAGAGAGAGAGAGAGAGAGAGAGAGAGAAUGGACGGAAUAGAACACAGAACAGUGGAGGUAAACGGCAUACACAUGCACGUCGCCGAGAAAGGUGACGGCCCGGUGAUCCUAUUCAUCCACGGCUUCCCUGAGCUCUGGUACUCUUGGCGGCACCAAAUCGCCGCCCUUUCCUCCCUUGGUUUCCGCGCCGUGGCGCCGGACCUCCGCGGCUACGGCGACUCCGCCGCGCCGGAAUCUCCCGCCGUCUACACCUGCCUCGACAUCGUCGGCGACCUGAUCGCCCUCCUCGACGCCAUCGCCGCCGAUCAGGAUAAGGUCUUCGUCGUCGGCCACGACUGGGGCGCUCUCAUCGCCUGGUACCUCUGCCUGUUCCGUCCCGACCGCGUCAAGGCUCUCGUCAACCUCAGCGUCGCCUUCAACCCCAGGAACCCUAGGCGCAGGCCGAUCCACUCCAUGCGAGCCGUAUGCGGCGACAACUACUACAUAUGCAGAUUUCAGGAAUUUGGGGAAAUUGAAGCCGAGCUUGAGAAGAUCGGUAUCGAUAGAGUGCUGAGGGAGUUUCUGACGUAUCGACAUCCAGGUCCGCUCUUCUUGCCGAAGGGGAAAGGGUUUGAACGGCCCGUGGAUGUUCCGAUUUCGCUGCCUGAUUGGUUAUCGGAGGAAGAUUUGAAGUAUUACGUGAGCAAAUUUGAGAAGACUGGCUUCACCGGAGGAAUCAACUAUUACCGGAAUAUUGAUAGAAACUGGGAACUCGUCGCACCAUGGACGGGGACUCCGAUCAAGGUUCCGGUGAAGUUUAUUGUGGGUGAUUUGGACCUAACUUACAAUAGUUUUGGGGCCAAGGAUUACGUACACAAAGGUGGAUUCAAGAGAGACGUGCCUUUUCUGCAGGAGGUAGUAAUAAUGGAAGGCGUUGGCCACUUCAUCAACCAGGAAAGGCCACAGGAGAUAAACCAUCACAUCUAUGACUUCUUCAACAAGUUCUGAUUAGGACUCAGGAGGUUGCACAUCUAUUGCCGUUCCCUUUUAGCUUUUUGUGUUGUCAACAAACAAUUUCACCCACGUAGCCUAUAUGUGAUAGUAAAUAUGUUUCCCUUAGUGGAAUGGACUACUAAUAAUAAUACUUAUAAUAAAUGAAUAAUAAUAAUUCCACUGAGUGGUUUUCGCAGCAGGGAAAAUGAACAUUCUUAAAAGGAUUAUUUUCAUCGAUGUCGCAGAAUUUUAGGGUCAUUGUUACUUUGCUCCCACUCAUGGACAUCCCUCAAGGAACCAAACCCCCAACAACCUCCCCUGUAGCCGCCAACCACGCCUCUCCCCACGCCAAACAGCCCUCCGGCCCCGAGCCUUCUAGUGCCGCCACGCCUCUAUCCCAUCCCCCAUCCCAACACCAUCUAAUUGAAAUUAGGAGAUAUAUUUAUGUAAAUGGACUGCCUUUUUUGUCUUGUGUUUUCACAAUUGUUCUUCGACCACAUAGGCAGCGAGAGUCUUUGCGGACACAACUUGGCCACACAUUAUGUUAUUACCAAUGAUUUCUUUGCUGAAGCAUAAUGAGUCACACAAUAGAGUUCUCUUUAAUAAGUAUUAAUGACAGGAUAUGAACUUUUGUUCUUAGCUUUUUAAUGCUGCC